AUGUUCAGUGCCCACGGGCUGUGGGAAGCUGAGGAGACAGAGGCUGGCGUGGCCAAAGCAGCAGUGGCUCCAGUUGCCUCGGCCGAGGCGACAAGGCAGCGGAUGCCUUGGGAGGUCGAGCCCGGUGUGGCGAAGGCAUCGGCCACUCCAGCCCCGAUCACCGCGGCGAAGCAGCGGAUGCCCUGGGAAGUGGAGCCCGGGGUGGCGAAAAGCUCCCCCGCCGUGGCACCUGGACCUGCAAAGCAGCGCAUGCCCUGGGAGACCGAGCCGGGAGUUGCCAAGGCCAACGCGCAGACGGCCAAAGCCGAACCGGCCCGCCAGCGCAUGCCCUGGGAGACUGAGUCUGGGGUGGCCAAGACUGCUGGAGCUCCGCCGAAGGCGGGGCAGGCCAGACAGCGCAUGCCCUGGGAAGCGAAACCGCAAGCGUCAGCACAAGCAGCGGGCGCCAGCACGACGACAUCCUCGGCGCCCACCCCCCAAGGGCUUUCGGGCAAGUGGGUGCUGCUGCCAGACCCGCAGGCCGCGGACGACCUCCUGGCCACGGGGAAGGCAAUCGACAGCCGGCCUGUGAAUGGCCUGCCAGGCUCUGCACCGGCAGGCAAAGCCGGAGGAGCCGGAGCUGGCACUUUUGUGCGGCAGGCACAGGGAAAGGCCAGCAGUGACGCAAAAGUGCUGAGGUUCGAGGACUUGGACUGGGAUGGAUCUGGGUCCAUCAGCAAGGAAGAUCUGAUGAACGUGCUGAUCGCCUUCCAGACUCAGCAGGUUACAAUCGAGAUGCCCAACGUGCAGAUGGAAGCUGCAAAAGCCAAGGAGCAGCCUCCUCAACCGAAGCCUUCUUUAAUCUACGGGACCUGCGUUCACUGCAACAGGGCUCUCACUGACGAUUCCACUUUCUGUCGACACUGCGGCAUGCGCCGGGUUGAAUCGGCCUUAGACUGGGACGCGGAUGUUAUCAAGACGCAAGGACAGGGUGCGGAAGUGUCAAACUUGGUAGUACACUUUACCCUUUUUUUCGUUCUGGGAUCCAUUAUAAAGUAA